GUGUUGCGGUCUCUUCCCUCUCCCUUUCUUCUUCUUUCUCUUCUUUGGGAAAAAAAGAAAGAAGGAAAAAAAAAAAUUCUCUGCUGAGAAAACCCUAAUUCUCUUGCUCUUACCUCUCCAAUGGGACCAGCGGCCGAGGACGACGAAUCCGAAGCCAGAGGAAUCCGAUUGCUCGACUCUCUAUCGAAGCUCGCCUGCGAGAUUUCGAGCCUUCCAGAGUUCCGCGGCCCGUUUCGGCGAUCGUGCUGCGAUCUGGCGAGGAGAGCGAAGCUCCUGAGCCCGCUCUUCGACGAGAUUCGCGAUGGGAUUGGGGACGAGGGAUCCGUCGAAGGAAUUGAGGUCGGAGCUCUCUCGGCUCUUCUUGAUGCCUUGGGCUCUGCUAAGGACUUGCUUCUGUCAAUUAAUCAAGGGAGCAAGCUCCAUCAGGCUCUGAAAGGAGAAAGCUAUGCAAUUAAAUUUCAAGAGGUCACCAGAAGUAUCGAUGAUGCGCUAAAUGGUGUGCCCUAUGAAAAGUUGGAGAUUUCUGAAGAAGUUAAAGAACAGGUUGAACUUGUUCAUACUCAGUUUCGAAGAGCUAAAGAAAGAGCAGAUUCGCCUGAUUUGCAACUUCUCUCUGAUCUGUCAUUGGCUCAAAUUGGGAAGUACUCUGACUCUAAUAUACUUAAAAGACUUUCAGAAAAGCUACAGCUCAGAACAAUGAACGAACUGAAGCAAGAGUCUCUUGCAUUACAUGAAAUGGUAAUUUCAAAUGGUGGAGACCCAGACAAUUGCCUCGAGGAAAUGUCCUCGUUGCUUAAAAAACUGAAAGACUCUGUUCUCGUGGAACCUCCCAUGUCAGAAAACCUUGAAAGCAAGGAUAUCUCAUCAAUGUAUAGAUCUCCGGUUAUUCCUGAUGAUUUCCGGUGUCCAAUAUCUCUUGAAUUGAUGAGGGACCCAGUAAUAGUCUCCACAGGACAGACAUAUGAGAGGUCUUCCAUCCAAAAGUGGCUGGAUUCAGGGCACAAGACAUGCCCCAAGACUCAACAAAAUCUAUCACACACUGCUCUGACCCCCAAUUUUGUCCUCAAGAGUCUCAUUGUGCAGUGGUGUGAAGCCAACGGCAUUGAACCCCCCAAAAAGGCUGGGAGUAGCCAAGACGUGAGAUCAGGAACCCGCGCUGACUGUGACCAUGAAACCAUUAGGUUGCUACUGAUGAAUCUGCAGAGUUGGAGCACAGAAAAACAAAGAGCAGCUGCCGGUGAAAUCCGACUGCUUGCAAAAAGAAACGGCGGUAACAGAGUAUGCAUCGCUGAAGCAGGUGCAAUUCCUUUGCUUGUCGCCCUCUUAUCUUCUCAAGAUUCAAGAACACAGGAGCAUGCAGUCACAGCAUUGCUGAAUCUUUCGAUCAAUGAAGGUAACAAAGCUAGUAUUGUUAGUUCCGGUGCAAUACCAGAGAUCGUAAAAGUUCUUAAAAAUGGUAGCAUGGAAGCAAGGGAGAAUGCCGCAGCUACCCUUUUCAGCUUAUCAGUUGUCGACGGGAACAAAGUGAUGAUCGGAGAAGCUGGAGCUAUACCUGCACUACUUGAUCUCCUAUGCGAAGGGAGUCCAAGAGGAAAGAAAGAUGCAGCUACUGCGAUCUUUAACCUCACUAUUUAUCAGGGGAACAAGGUGAGGGCGGUGAAAGCUGGGAUCAUAGGGCACUUGAUGAGGCUAUUGGUAGAUCCAAGUGGGGGAAUGGUGGAUGAAGCACUGGCUAUAUUAGCGGUUUUGGCGAGUCAUCAUGAAGGAAGAACUGCAAUUGUGCAGUCAGAGCCUGUUCCGAUUUUGGUGAAGAUUAUGAGGAGUGCUUCUCCUAGGAAUAGGGAGAAUGCGGCAGCAGUGCUUUGGUCACUUUGUUCCAGUGAUAUGCAGCUAUUGUUGUCUGCGAAAGAAUUGGGGGCAGAAGAAGCAUUGAAAGAGUUGGCCGACGGUGGAACUGAUCGAGCGAAGAGGAAAGCUGCAAGUCUCUUAGAUCUUAUUCACCGAAAUUUGGAGGCCUGAUGGUUGUUUUGCAAUAUCUCAGUUACUGGUGGAUUCAGGUCCAGUUUUGAUGGAUAUUAGAAUCAAGAUCUGUUGCACUUCAUAUUUUUUUAAAGUAUCUCUCUGUUGAUUUUCCAGCCCUACCAAGUUGUGAAUAUUUGGAAAAGCUGUAGGCCUGCUACUUGAUAGUUACUGUUUGUUCUAUUUACAGGUUAUUGUUGACUGUUUUAUCUUC